CUGUAAAGAGAAAGCACAAUGUCUCUCUACGACGACUUGGGUGUGGAAACUAGUGACUCAAAGACAGAGGGCUGGUCAAAAAACUUCAAACUCCUUCAGUCUCAGCUGCAAGUGAAGAAAGCGACGCUUACACAAGCGAAGACCCAACGUUCAAAGCAGAGCACAGUUUUAGCUCCAGUCAUAGACCUAAAGCGAGGCAGCUCUGGGGAUGACAGACAGAUUAUUGACACGCCACCUCAUAUAGCAUCUGGUUUAAAGGACCCUGUACCAAGUGGAUUCUCUACAGGAGAGGUCUUGAUCCCACUGGCCGAUGAGUAUGAUCCCAUGUACCCAAAUGACUAUGAGAAAGUAGUGAAACGGCAGCGUGAGGACAGACAAAGACAGCGGGAGCUGGAACGACAGAAAGAAAUUGAAGAAAGAGAAAAGCGUAGGAAAGAGAGACAUGAACAACCUAGUGGGUUCUCGAGAAGACCAGAUCCAGACUCGGAUGAAGAUGACGAUGAAAGAGAAAAAGAAAGGCGGAAAAGAAGUAUGGGAGGAGCAGCGAUUGCCCCACCUUCAUCACUUGUUGAAAAGGACAAAGAACUCAUUCCACCUUUCCAGUAUGAGGAUGAAUCCAGACCUCGCAGUGCACCGAGCAAGGCUGCGAUUCCCCCUCCAAUCUAUGAAGAGCCGGAGAGACCACGAUCCCCACCUGGUCCCACCAACUCCUUCAUUGCAAACAUGGGUGGCACAGUGGCGCACAAAAUUAUGCAGAAAUAUGGCUUCCGCGAGGGGCAAGGCCUAGGGAAACACGAACAAGGGUUGAGCACAGCACUGUCAGUGGAGAAGACAAGCAAACGAGGAGGAAAGAUUAUUGUCGGUGAUAGUGCAGAAAAAGUGGAAAUGCCUGCCACUACCAAGAAAUCAGAAGCAAACCCACUGACAGAGAUCUUGAAAAAUCCCACAAAAGUGGUCUUAUUGCGGAACAUGGUCGGGGCUGGAGAAGUCGAUGAUGACCUGGAAGGUGAAACCAAGGAGGAGUGUGAAAAGUAUGGAAAAGUGUCCAAAUGUGUCAUAUUCGAGAUUCCUGGGGCACCUGAUGAUGAGGCAGUCAGGAUAUUUGUGGAAUUUGAGCGGGUAGAGUCUGCAAUUAAAGCUGUUGUUGACCUGAAUACAAGAUACUUUGGUGGCAGAGUGGUGAAGGCCUGUUUCUACAAUCUGGAUAAAUUCCGUCAACUGGACCUCGGUGACCUUUUCUAAAAACACAAGUGAAAGUAUUGCAUCCAUCGGCUGUCUGCAUGUGGUGUAAACAGUACCCCAAGUGUGAAGUUGCAAAGAAAGGGAAGGACGAAUUAUAAUUAAUUCUGAAAUGACAUAACCAUCUUUAAACUGUAGCCAGUAAUUAUAUUUCUCCUUCUUUCAUAUCCGCGAGAUCAGAUAUUCUUUCUUCUGAGGGGUGCACAGUUGGUUUGGAUUUAACAUCAAAGUCACCGUGAAUUAAUGCUUAGGUGGCCAGUAUGACACUUUCCUAAUAUGCUUGUUUCCCUUUGUUUGGGAGGAUGUUUCCGAUACUAGAGCUGCUUUAUAGUAUUUUCCAACAGAAUUUACUUUGAAACGCGUGUCUCCAAACUACUUGAGUUUUUCUGUCAAGUAUACCGACUUGUUGGUGGAUGGUAACCUGAUCGGUAGACAAAUGCAUUUUUAGAAAAUACAUUCUUUCAUCAGCUUGAGCUCCUCCGGAUUUUAUUGAAAGGGCUGGUGACGGGUGACAUUAUUCCCACCUAUUCAGUCAAUCCUUCUCUUCAUCCAUUUUCGACACGUGACAGAAUUUGUAAAAUGUUACACUUACUCGGUUUUCAGUGAAGUGAUUUGAUUCUGAAGAAAGUAAUUAUAUUGGAAACAUUACUUGUGUGCUCAUAAAAUAUGGAUAUUCAGUUGGAGGCAUUGAGACGUCUUGUUUAGUUGUCAUUCUUUUUCUGUUCAGAAUUCAUAUUCAGCUGGUUGUGCAACCAUCUUGACAAAAAGCAAAGUAGUGACAGAAAACCUUAAAUUGUAAUAAUUUCUGUAAAUUAAGUUGUGUUUUAAGUACUGGAUUUUGUCAUCUUUUCACAGUGGUUAUGAUAAACAGUUUUAUUAUGA